AUGGAGCAAAGUUAGGGAGCGUGCAGGGCACCUCGGCAGGCGGCAAAAGAGCCCCAGCCUGACCCGAAGGAGCGAAGGGAACCUGCUUGUUCGAGCCGCGUGAUACUCUUUUUGCCGCCGAAAUCCGCUCCUUCGGCGGAGGGGCAGUCACAGUCGGGCAGCCCGUGUUUAAAAAGUGCGCGGCUUUCCCGCAGCAAAGCGCGCCCCGAAGCCCGCGGGGCAGGGGAGCGGCCGGCGGCGGCGGCGGCGGGCGCGCUCCUGCGGGGGCGCCGGGCGGAGAAUGCCUUCGCGGCGCCGGGCCUAGGUCAUCGGCGCGGCGCGGGCCAUGGCGUGGCGGCUGUGCGCGCUGCUGUGGGCGGCGGCGGCGCUGCUGAGCCGGCGGGCGCUGGCGGUGGGGCCGGUGGUGCGGUGCGAGGCGUGCGACGCGCGCGCCCUGGAGCAGUGCAAGCCGCUGGCGCCCGAGUGCCCGGAGCCCGUGCGGGAGCCCGGCUGCGGCUGCUGCCUGACCUGCGCGCUGCCCGAGGGCCGCCCCUGCGGCGUCUACACCGAGCGCUGCGGCGCCGGACUCAGCUGCCGCCCGGCCGCCCACGAGCUCCGCCCGCUGCAGGCGCUGCUCGACGGCAAGGGGCUCUGCGCCAACGUCAGCGCCGGCGGAGGAGGCGGAGGCAGCGGCGGCGGCAGCGGCGGCAAGCUGCGCGAACUCCUCCUGCGGGGCAGCCACGGCGCAGGCAAUUCCAGCGAUUCCGAGGAAGACCAGAAUGUCAGCAGCACAGAGAAUCAGUCUGUCCCCAACACACACAGGGUGUCGGAUUCCAAAUCACAUGCUCACUACACCAAAAUAGAUAUCAUCAGGAAAGAGCAAGCCAAAAAUACCCAACGCUACAAGUACGAUUCACAGAGCACAGACACACUGAAUUUCUCUUCUGAGUCCAAGCAGGAGAAUGAAUAUGGCCCUUGCCGGCGAGAGAUGGAAGACACGUUAAACAAUCUAAAGAUCCUGAACGUCUUAAGCCCGAGGGGAUUGCAUAUUCCUAAUUGUGACAAGAAGGGAUUCUACAAGAAAAAACAAUGCCGUCCAUCCAGAGGCCGGAAAAGAGGCUACUGCUGGUGUGUGGAUAAAUAUGGGCAACCACUCCCUGGAUAUGACGGGAAAGGAAAAGGAGACGUUCACUGCUACAAUUUAGAAAGCAAAUGAGGGACGUUCCGCCAUCUUCCAUGGAAUCUGUGUGUGACAUCUUGACUUGUCAGAGGCCUUGGAGUGACUGGGAUAUAGCGUGGACUGCGUUGGACUCGGAAGUUCUGCCUCCUGCUUAUAUUGGGGGACUUGGCAGCAGUUCUGGUCUCUGACACACUUCCAGCUUUCUAUAGAUUCACACAGGGAGCUCUGAAAUCCCCAAUAAAUCUGCACUAUUGAUCCCCAGAAAGAAUUAAGUGGAAAAAAAGGCACUUCAGAAUGGAUUCAGGGAUUCUCCACUGACUUGUUUUUUUGUUUGUUUGUUUUAAAUAAUGGCCUGUGACCAAUUUGAUCCCGAAAGAUAACUGUGUUUUUAUUUUAAAGAAUUUAUAGAUUGUAAGCUUUUAAAAGAUAUUAAACACAUUGGGUAUAAUCCUACCCAAACUAAGCCCUUUCAGUCCCAUAGGUUUCAACUGGAGAGUUAAGCAUAAACUCAUUUCUCUCCCACUGAAAUCGAAGAAAUGCUUAGAUUGAGUUAGAUUGUGCUGAGGUUUUAAAGUUUAAGCUUUUUUGUUUUUUAUACAGGUCUGACGGGAAACUUAUCUUCACGGGUAAAAAUGUUUUAUUACAAAAAGCUCAAAGAACUUUUUAAGAGAGACAUGUUUCUACAUGGCUAUUUUUUCUGUAAAAUAUACUGUAUUAUGAAUAUUCUGUUAGUCUGUAUUUAAUAUAAUUGUUUUUUAAUAAACUAUUUAAAUGUAA